AUGGAGCAUAGCGUCGAUAAGGAGACAGCAAAAGCCAAGUUUCGCUCGUCACGUCUUUCGUGGAGCAACCAAGCUGAACAUAAAUUAAAGCAGGAGCUUAGUGACAUUGCCAUCGCCAAGUGCCGCAGCGUCUCCGAGCAAUUUGCGAACAGUUCACCAACGACGAGCAAUUUGAGAUCUACCGUAAACAGCGCGAGAAGGAAAUGCAGGACAACAACAAUCGACAAUAAGUCAAGUACAGCACAAGUAAACGUCAAGAUUCCUUGA